GAUGAAGAAGGUUUCCCGGCUUGCUUAAACGACGUCGUGGUGGUGGAAAUAUGCGCGGUAAUUAAUUUAUUUUUAAUUAAAUUAUCCUUUUCAAAAAGAAAAAAAAUGAAAAACUAAUAUCGUUGUUGUAUAUCCUCUCCAGUCUCCUCUCACAAACCUGCCACUGUUCAGAGCUCCAGAGUAAGUCAAAAAAGUGAACGGAGAGCUCGAAAAUGAAAGCGGUGGUGAUCACAUCUCCCGGCGGGCCGGACGUCCUGCAACUCCAGCAAGUCAACGAUCCACAGAUCAAAGACGACGAAGUUCUGAUCAAGGUCGCCGCCACCGCCGUCAACCGCGCCGAUACCAACCAGCGCCAGGGCAAGUAUCCGCCUCCCAAGGGCGCUAGCGAGCACCUCGGCCUCGAAUGUUCCGGCACUAUCGAAGCCGUCGGGAGCCGCGUUUCCCGAUGGAAAAUCGGCGAUCAGGUGUGCGCCCUCCUCAGCGGCGGAGGCUACGCGGAGAAAGUGGCGGUUCCGGCGGCGCAAGUUUUCCCCGUACCGGAUGGCAUCUCUCUGACCGACGCUGCCGCUUUCCCUGAGGUCGCGUGUACUGUCUGGUCAACGAUCUUCAUGACUAGUCGGCUCUCCCCCGGCGAAUCGCUUCUGGUUCAUGGCGGGUCGAGCGGGAUUGGGACGUUUGCGAUUCAGAUAGCGAAACAUCUAGGGAUUCGAGUUUUGAUCACUGCAGGGAGUGAGGAGAAGCUAGCGGCGUGCAGAGAUCUCGGAGCUGAUGUUUGCAUCAACUACAAGUCUGAGGAUUUCGUGGCCCGAGUGAAGGAAGAAACUGAUGGAAAAGGAGUUGAUGUCAUUCUGGAUUGCCUUGGGGCAUCCUACUUCCAGCGAAACCUCGACAGCUUGAAUUUCGACGGCAGGCUGUUUAUCAUCGGAUUGAUGGGUGGAGCUAAGGCGGAGAUGAACCUGCCUACUCUGUUUGCGAAGCGCCUCACAGUGCAAGCGGCUGGUUUGAGAUACAGAACUCCGGAGAACAAAGCUGCCAUUGUAAAAGAGGUGGAGAAGAAUGUGUGGCCGGCAAUUGCAGCCGGGAAAGUUAAGCCUAUUGUGUCCAAGGUCUUCCCGUUCUCUGUGGCAGCCGAGGCUCAUAAGCUGAUUGAGAGUAGCCAGCAUAUCGGCAAGAUCCUCCUUGUUCCGUCCUAAUGCCUUCUGUUUCCAUAGGAAUGAAUUGAGCAUGCUGGCGGGAUUUGUGCAAACGGAUGCUUCGUCGUUGCGAGGUCCAGUUGGUGCAGCAGUACUGUGUUUCGUCGUUCCAGUUCGCUGAUGUAGAAGAUUGUACACACUUAAUAUUGUUGAAAAUACGUGAUCCAAAACUCUGUUUCAAUUCCAGGAGCUUGUUCCUUCACUUGCAGUUUUGGAGUUAUGCACACCAAGCGUUUGAUUAUUUGCCCGUCAUAGCUUUCAAAUGAAUUCCGAAUCAUAUCGACCCAAUAUAUGAUUAUGCUGGCUUAAAAAGA